GAAAUAAAAUUUAUUUAUGCUUUGGUUCUUUCACACGUCCCAUCCCACUGUUUGGCUGCGCGCUCUCGCUCUCUCUUGCUCUCCUCUCGGCAUCUUCUCCACCGAAGCCUCAUCUGCCCAUUCUCCGGCCGACGGACGACAGCGGGAGGUGGGGACUCCGACGGCGACUCCCGACCCGUCAGCGAGGCUAGCCGGCGUCCGUUGAGAACCGUUUUCGGUUCCCUCCGACGACUUCUCUCCUCCUAUUUGCUCUCCCCCAUCUUUCUCCUAGAUCGAGCUACACAUAGAUUUCGGUAUUUUCUUUUCUUGGUCAAGAAUUCCCGAUCUUUGAUCUGUUUUGGACUUGUCUCCCUUCUUCCUCUCUCUCUGUCGCUAUCCAAAAGUAAAACAGGGAAAGAGGGAGCGCAGCGCCAAGAGAACAAAAAGAAGGAAGAAGGAUUGCGAACAAAAUGCCUUUUAAAUGUAUUGGAUCUCCGAUUGUCUCCGUUUUAGUCCAAAUGUUUGAUUUUUUUAUUGUAUUUUUAUUUGGCUGUGGUUCUUGUUUCUUGAAUGGGUGAGGUGUAAGCCCUGAUCUGAAAUCGAGUGUCUUGAAGAGACGGGGAGUAGAGUUGGGUGGUGGAGGAAGGGUUGGUAGCGAUCCGAGAGAGAAAAGAUGGUGUUGGAUCUCAAUGUGGCGUCGCCUGGCGAGUCCUCUUCUAGCGGGGAGGAGAAGGUCCUCAUGGAAGAAGGCUCUGGCGGCUGGCCGAUGGAGGAGUCGGGGAACUCGAAUUCCUCCGUCCUCAAUGUCGACGCAUGCAGCAACGCUUGUGACGAUGACUUCUGCUCCACCCCCUUUGCCGCCCACGACGUAGGCGGCGGCUUCAACUUUGGCAUCCUCAAGAGCUGCCUGGCGGCAGAUGGGGAGGAAGAACUGGAAGAAGACUUGGAGGAAGAAGAUGGGGCAUCAGUGGAGGCAGGCUUUGUCACGAGGCAGCUCUUCCCUCCGGUGGUGGCGGUUCAGGAAAGCGUCCAGCCUUCAGUGAUGGUUUCUUCAUCGGCGCCGGCAAUGCCUCGAGGGAUGGAGCUCAGCUUCCUGCAGUGUAAUACGGCUGGCUCGACAGAGGCCAAGGCUUUGCAGCAAAAGCAGCAGGCGAAGAAGACCAGGAGGGGGCCGAGGUCUCGGAGCUCUCAGUACCGGGGAGUCACCUUCUACCGGAGGACGGGCAGAUGGGAGUCUCACAUAUGGGAUUGCGGCAAACAGGUCUAUUUGGGAGGUUUCGACACUGCUCAUGCUGCUGCAAGGGCAUAUGAUCGGGCUGCAAUCAAGUUUCGUGGGAUUGAUGCUGACAUCAAUUUCAAUCUCAGUUACUAUGAAGAGGAUUUGAAACAGAUGAGGAACCUGACCAAAGAAGAAUUUGUGCACAUACUUCGUCGUCAAAGCACUGGAUUCGCUCGGGGGAGCUCAAAGUAUCGAGGAGUGACGCUUCACAAGUGUGGUCGCUGGGAAGCUCGCAUGGGGCAGUUCCUCGGCAAGAAGUACAUAUAUCUCGGGCUAUUUGACAGUGAAAUAGAGGCUGCAAGCUGGGAUAUCAGGGCCUAUGACAAGGCUGCUAUUAAAUGUAAUGGAAUGGAAGCUGUCACAAAUUUUGAACCAAGUACCUAUGAUGGGGAGAUACGUCCUGAGCCUGAUGAUGAAGUUGAAGCUGCUGGCAACAAUAUUGAUUUAGAUUUGAGACUUUCUCAACCUAAUGUCCAUAGUCAUAAGAAGAAUAAUAACUCGAUGGAUAUCCAACUCAGUUGCAGCUCCUUUGAAGCUUCGGAUGCCAGGAAUUUUAGGGCCGACAAUCCGACAUCCCAUUUGGCUCAUCAUCAUCAUUUGCCAAUCGCACCUGAGCAUCCUCAUGCCUGGACUGCUCUAUGCCCUGGUUUCUUUCCACAUGUUGAGGAAAGAGCCACAAAGGGGUGUGAGCUGGGUUUGUCCGCUGUCACCAACAGAGCAUGGUCAAUGCAUGGCCCUACAUUGCCUCUCUCUUCUGCAGCAUCAUCAGGAUUCUCAACUACCGCCACUGUAGCAGUUGCCCAUCAUCCGUCGCCAUCAGCCGCCCAUCGUAAUUUCCCUCCAUCAGCCGCCGUCGAUUAUUAUUGUAGGAGCUGACUACAGCCAACAAGAGGGAGAAACAGCGGCGCAGAUGAAAUAAUAUUGGUUGGCUCUUGUUUACAAGGUUACUUAUAGCACCUAAACGUGCGUGUACUAUCUAUAUCUUUAUGCAUGACGCUGCCAACGCGCAUGAAUAUGGUUUGUUUGUGUUGGACUUUUGUUGCUCCUUGAUUCGCUCUUUUGGACCAUGGGCCUCGGCCAAGAAAAUAAAGCUUUCUGGCUCCAGGUGUGGGGUCAGGACUGUGAGUGAAUGCUCCUGGGCGUUGAAUGUAGCCCUUAGUCUCUCUUUUUUGCGUUCAAUGUACUAUGAUAUGAACCUAUCAUGGCUUGCGUAUGAAAAAAAGCCUAUUCCUGCUCUCGACGGCUAGUGGCUUUAAAGGG